AUGACAUCUUCAUUGCCUACGUUUACGAAACGUACAAUUCAGUUGCAUUUGAGCCGAACAAAGUCAGUCAUGGAUAAUCCGUGUGAAGCAACGUAUCUCAAAGGACUUGAAUUAAUGAAAAAAAUACCAAAUAUAAUGUGGGAACGAGAAAAAAGAUAUGUGACACGUUCUAUAUGGAAUAUAUGGGUAUUGAUGUUUUGCCAACGGUUUAUGUCCAAAUUUGAAGAACACGUCGAAAGGGCUGUUCAACAAUACCGUGCUCAAAACGAAUACUGGCCAGCAUUUGUGAAACCAAAAUAUUCAGAAGGACCACAUCUAAUUGAAAUUGUUAACUUUCACAAAAAGGAGUCUCAGAUUAACACUUACAUGGAUCAUCUCAAAUAUCUCUCUCCUAGAAGCGGAGUGUUCAUUAGGCGCUCUGGUUAUACAAUAAAUUUAUUUUCUGAUCAUGCCUUUGAAUGGCGUGAAGAUGUAGGUGGUCAAUUUUUUAAGGAUUUACAAAGAGAAUAUAGCCAAUAUUUGAAUGCUAUUGCACAAAUGAGUAUGAUUAUUCUGCCUAAAUCACCGCCUCGACGUAUAAUACGCAAAAUUAAUCUGUUGCAAAGUUUAUUCCGAAAAAGAUUCAAGAAUGUUCUUGCUGGCUGGCCAUCUGCAUUAGAAGAAAUUUUAUUAUGUCCAUAUUGCAAUUUUCUUCGAAUUGUGAAUCGAUAA